UAUUCCAUAGUUCAUAUUGCAUACUCCACCAACAAUACCAACAAUGGCGGCAGAGAUGAAAACGAAGACUGAAGAAGAAAAAAACAUGAUAGAGGUUUUUCCAAACGAAUGCAUUGCCAAUCUUACUCUCUCAAACAAUCCUGUCAUUAUCGACAAUGGUAAAAAGAGUUUUCAGUUAGAGAAACAAAGUGGUAAAAAGAUAUACAUGCUUAGUGCUAGAGAUCUCUCCAUCGCUUGGGGUGACACUCCUACCUACUGGAAUUGGAUAACUCUGCCUGAGUCUAGAUUCCAAGAAGUUGCUAGGCUAAAUUAUGUGUGGUGGUUUGAAAUUUAUGGGAAAAUUAACACACAUGUUUUGUCCUCAAAUACUCAAUAUGCAGCAUUUCUCGUGUUCAAAUUGAUUGAUCCCCGUGAUUUUGAUGUUAUUCCUGUGGAAUUAACCGUAGAUAAAUUUGAAGACCGCAUAUCUACAAAACAAGUUUGGUUAGAUCCAAACUUUGAUAAGGAACGAGAUGAUGAGUUAUUAGGACUAGAGAGUCCAAAACUGAGAAGUGAUGGGUGGUUGGAGAUCGAGAUUGGAGAGUUCUUCAGUUCAGGCAUACAAGAUGAAGUCAUUCAGAUGGGUGUUGUCGAGAUUAAGGCUGGUCGUAUAAAGUGUGGUUUCAUUCUUGAAGGAAUAGAAAUAAAACCCAAGAAUUGAAAUAGCUUUAGUGUGCACUUUCUUAUUCUUAUUCAAGAAGUUUAUGUAUUGAAUAAAAUGUAUUUGAAAGAUUGAUGAAUCUAAUUAUUAUGUUAAGAGCAAAAAUUUAUUGUAAUUUUUUGAAUAAAUUGCCAAAUUUGUUUUAA